AUGUCUGCUGGAGGAGAGAAAUCCAAGUCUGCUUCCCAGACCGAUGGGAAGGCCGCUCAGAACAAGAUGUCUGAGAUGGGCAUGAUGUCCUACAAGAUGUGCGUGUACGACCAGGAGAACUUCCAGGGACGCUGUAUCGAGAUCACCGGCGAGUGCAUGAAUGUGGUCGACAUGGGAAUGGAUAGGGUGCGCUCCCUGCGUGUCGAGUGCGGACCCUUCGUCGGCUUUGAGCAGAUGAACUUCUGUGGUGAGAUGUUCAUCCUGGAGAAGGGCGAAUACCCCCGCUGGGACUCCUGGAGCAACUGCCAGAAGAACGACUACCUGCUGUCCUUCAGGCCCGUCCGCAUGGAUCCUGAGAAGCACAAGAUCUGCCUGUACGAGGUCGGAGAGUUCAAGGGUCGUAAGAUGGAGAUCAUGGACGAUGAUGUCCCCAGCCUGUUUUCCUACGGUUUCACCGACAGAGUGGGCAGCAUCAUGGUCAGCUGUGGAACCUGGGUGGGUUACCAGUUCCCCGGCUACCGUGGCAGCCAGUACCUGCUGGAGAAGGGUGAAUUCAGGCAUUUCAACGAGUUUGGUGCCCGCAGCCCCCAGAUGCAGUCCAUCAGGCGCAUCCGUGACAUGCAGUGGCACCCACACGGCUGCUACACCACAUCCUCCAAGUGAAACCCAGCGAGGGCGAGGAAGAGAGGGAUCGGAGGAGAGAUGGAAGCUGAGGGUGGGCGAAGAGAUGGAGGGGAAAGAGGAGGGAAGGCCAAGAAGGAGAGGAGGGAGAGGGUGUAAUAUUUACUCCUCUGCUCCUAAAACUCUUGGUGGUUUGAGGGCAGGAUUGGACGGAAAGCAGUUGGUUGUUAUUUUUAGCUGUGGGAACAUUGUAAUCUAGUGACCAAUGAAAAGUUAUUCAAGAUGAAGUAGAGGAAGAGGAGAUAAUUAUAUGGACCACAGAGACCGUAUCUGAUAAUAAAUGCUCUCUCCAUUUUUGUUCUCCCUCUCUCACCGACUCUGUUUGUCAGCUCCCUGCUCCACACUUUCCCCCUCUCUCCUCCCCUCCCUCCCUCUCUCCCCCUCACACACUUUGCUUCCACAUCCCAUCAACGUCAGCCCUCAUUCAGCCCGUUGGAGCCCAUCUGAGGAGGGGAGGGGGCGUACCAGUGUGGAUUUCUGUGUGUUUGUGUGGGGGAUGUGAAACAGAAGGAAGCCACAUUAAGAGAGAGGAGGCAAAUUCUCUGUGCUCAGAGAACUGCA